GCUUUAGAAACAGGAAAUUGACUCGCGAUAACAUAACAUACGGAUAUGUUUAUUAAGAUCUAAUAUAAACUUGUUGACAAAUGGUAACUGACAUGCUUAUUUAAAAUACACACUAGUAUAUGUAGUUGUGGCGUAUUUGCUUUGAAAAAAUGGAUGUCUAUGAUGUAGAGAAAGUUCUUAACUUCAAGACGAAGAGAAUUUCUAUAUCAUGCAUCGCUUGUCAUGAGUUAUUGUGUUGUGGCUACGAGUUAUGCCACACAAUAAAAGUUCCCGCCUCUUCAGGUGACACAUUGCUGGUGGUGUUUGGGAAAGAUCUACAUACCUACCAGUCCCAGUGCAGUAACGACCCCGUCAAAAAGAUGAGCUGGCAGUUAUCUUCCCAAAACACGGUCUUCAGCAAACCGGUGAUGGAGAUGACCAUUGUUGCUGAGCUUGACAUGUUGAUUGUCCUUACAGACUCGGGUCUAAGAUUUCACAAUCUGACCACAUACGAGCAGCGUUGUGCCCUGGCCGGCACUGAGGGCGCUACACUUUUUGACGUCUCUGUCGAGGAAGAAGUUGAAGUUACGAAAAACUUGGUUUUGGAACAUACCAUUAGACUGUGUAUUGUUCAGGUGAAAACAAUUAAAGUUUACGCCUGGAACGGAACUGCAUUUGAGGAAUUACACGCGCAUCAACAACUGAAGCUCCAUCAGCCUGCUAGGGCUGUCCUCUGGUUGGCAGACAAGAUCUUUGUUGGUCUAAAGGAUGAAUACAUCAUGUUGGAGACCAGCACCGGCAAGAUGCGCGAGGUGUUCCGAUUCGAUAGCGGACAGACUGGCCCCGUGAUUGCACGGAUGUCACGAGACGAGAGGGACCUGGUGAUGCUGGCCUAUCAGAAGAAGGCCCUGUUGGUCAACAGCAGGGCAAAACCGGACCGAACGGCGUCCAUUGAGUGGACCGACGUGCCAAACCUUAUGUUUCACGACCCGCCGUACAUGGUAGCGGCAAUGACGAAGCACGUCGAGGUCAACACCGUCUCACCCUCGAUGUUUAUGCAGCAGAUCGACAUCCGGGGUGUAGCGCGCGUGCGCAAGGCAAGCGCUGGGCUUUUCGUCCAGACUGCCAACAGUGUGUACCUACUAACGCAGCGGCCCGCGGAGGAAAGGGUGAAAUACCAUCGCCAACAUCACCAGUUCAAACUAGCAAUUCAGAUACAGCUAGUGUCUGACAGGCCACAAGACGAGAACGAGGCCAUCGUUGCCGGAAUUCGGGCCCAAAAUGGCGUCCACCUGUUCUGUGAAAACAAGUUCAAGGACGCCAUGGACAUCUUUCUGAGCCUCAACACCGACGUCAGUCACGUGAUCGGUCUAUUUCCGGACAUGCUGCCGCAUCGGCUGAAGUAUCCGGAGCGCAUACCUCCGCUAACCGAUUACCAGCUGUUCAAUUCGCUGGAGGCGCUCACAGACUUCCUGCUAAAGAAGCGGGCGAUAAUUGCUAGGGGUCAGGACCUGACCGAGGGAUCCGUGAUAUAUGAGCACCGGAAGAACGUUACGCUGAAAACUCGAAAGAAUGCUCUGUCGGUCAUUGACACAACACUGCUUAAAUGCUACGUACAGACCAACCACAACGAAGUGGCGCCGCUGCUACGAUUGCCUGACAACCACGUGAACAUCGGGGAGGCGGAGCGCGUGCUCACUAAGCGAGAAUUGUUCUCCGAGCUCAUCAUACUGUACGAGGAGCACGCGAUGCACGCCGAAAUCCUGCAGCUGUUGAGGUCUCGCGCCAAGGUCAAGGUCUUCCCAUCACCCUUGGACGCCAUCCAGCCUACCAUUCAGAAACUUCAGUCGCUAGGGGAGGAGCACCUGUCGUUGAUUUACGAGUGGGCAGAGUGGGUCUUCAAUGAGAACCAGUUUGAAGCGCUCAAGAUGUUCACCGAUGACAUUCCAACGGUGAGGGGUCUACCCCGGGGCCACAUCCUCAGCUACUUGGACAAAAUCGGUCUAGACAAGAUGGUCCCUAUUCAGUAUCUCGAGCACGUGAUCUACACGUGGGGUGACGUGACGGAGGAGUUACACCAGGCCCUGUCCACCAAACUUCGUGGGGCGGUAGUGGCCGAGCUUGAGAACGCGCGGGCCAUUCGGGACCACGAAGACGGACCGAUCAAACUGGGCCCGGCCUCGGACGGGCUGUUGAACGACUUCCGCCACAAGCUGCUCACGUUUAUUAAGAAGUCGACGUUAUAUCGGCCCGAGCACGUGCUCGCGCAACUGCCAAUGAACUGUCUGUUCGAGGAGCGGGCGUUGCUGCUGGGUCGGAUGGGGCGGCACGACCAGGCGCUCGGCAUCUACGUUUACGUGCUCAACGACCUGCGAGAGGCGGAACAAUACUGUAACACGAGCUUUUUGGAAGGAAGGUCUGAGGUUUACCUUGACCUACUGCGGGUGUAUCUCAAGCCCCCGGGCCCACUGUCACUGGGGCUCCAGGAGUACAGUAAGCAGCCCAUGUGCCGAGUGGGUGAGGCCCUCGCAAUGCUGCAGGAGCAUGCGUCCAGAAUUAACCUAUUUGAGGCAAUCAAGAUGUUUCCGGAGGAUGUUCCAUUAAAAAGCGCAGGUCACUUUCUCGGACAAGCCAUGACGUUCAGCGCGUCCCGUCUUCACAUGAUCAUGGUGUCCAAGCAAAUACAUUUACAAAACAACACAUUUAUGAGCCUGAUGGUGCGCGAGUCGUGCUGCCGACAGAUCCUUCACGUGGACGAGUCUACCAGCUGUGACGAGUGCAACCUCAGGAUCGCAAACAAGGUAUUUGUGCGCACACCCGUGGGACAACUUCUGCAUUACGCUUGUUACAAACGCAACGUCUUAGCUACAGAAAGAACUACAGGACAGCAAAAUGACAUAAAGUUAUAAGAAUUUCUAAGAUCAUUUGUUAUUUUACUAAAUAGAGUCUACAUUGAAUAAGUAAGAAAGCAGCAUAUCAUGUUAGGUAAGUCUCAAAACAAGCAAAAGUUGGAGUCCCAGAGAAAACAGUAUAACUAGUUUUGUUGCGGAGCCAAGUGUUGUUUUUUGUAUUUCCCCACUUAGAAGGGGAGAAAAGAGAUAGGUCUUUGUCCAUGAGCCUGUUAGUCCAUAUGUAUGUCCCUUUUUUGGCUGUGUAACUAAAGAAGUAUUGUUGCAAAAUAGAUGAGACUGCACAAACAUGUUAACCAGCAUGUGAGCUUGCACACAUUCAUAUUUAAUUAAGUUUCUUUCAACAUUAGUGGAGUUCUUAGUUAAGAGUGGGAUGUGGGGGAAUCGUUAUUCUACUGGCGCAUUUCUAGUUACACUUUGCUCACACCUAUGUUGCACUUCACUGAUGAGAAGAAAAAGGGGAUCUGGUUUUGCAGAGGCUCCACAUGGGACAGAAAUCAAUGUUAUUUGAUGUAAAUAGUUCAUGGAACAAGAUAAACUAUUCCUAUUUACUUCCUUAAACUUGACUGUUCCGCUUUUGCAAUAUCAAAUAGAUCGUCUAUUCCACAAUUACAUUAAAAAAAAAGUUAAAAAAAUACUACUGAAAUGUAUCACAAGGUUUAUUGAAUUCCAAACAAAUCCAUAUAUCCAAGUUAAAUAUACAAUCAAAAACAUGUUUUGAACAUUCUUUUUAUAAUAAACAAUCCAAGUUACAAUUUGCCACUAAAAAAUCAAGUAUAAGUGAUAUCCAAUCUUAUAUUUAAAUAUUAAUCUACACAAACACAGACUUAAAACAUACAUACUGACUAAGAAAUAGAUGUAUCAUACAUAUUGUCACGGUACAGUGCAUAGUCAAAACAAUUUCAGACCUCAUCUCUAUUUUCAUAGGCUUGACAGCCUCACUGUUUGUGAAAGAGUCUUAUUUUCAAUCCUUUACACAUUUUGAUUUUCUUUGAUUGUUCUACUUGCACAUUAUUUUCUCUUAUGUCAAAUGCGCUUUUGACUAUAUAACAUAGAGCUUUACAAAAUCACGUUAUCGUCACUAACAUGUAACCUAAAUAUCAGAACAGGGAAAAGCUUCUCAUAACGUUGCUAGAACUUUAGGUCAUACCCUUUUUUUUCGAUAUUGAUAUUUUGAAUUUGUAUCAACAGUUCAUGCGAUUAUUUUGGAAAUAAACUAAAAAAACUUC